UUAAUAUUGUUAUGGAAGGAAGAUAGAGAGAUAGAGGAAGCAAGGAAAGGCAGAGAGAAGCAGCAAUGGCUUACAUCUCUGCUUCGACAAGAACCAUCCUCUUCUUGUCUCGCUCAACCACGAAACUCUCCCUUUUCCCUUUCAAACCCUCUUUCUCUUCUUCUUCUUCUUCUUCUUCUUCUUCUUCUUCUUCUUCUUCUUCUUCUUCUUCUUACCCUUCCCUCACUCUCCAUUUCACCACAACCAAAUGCACUCUCCAACACCAACCUCAAACUCUGCUUCGCCGCAACAUCAUCGAAGUCCUCGAAGAGCGCGGCCUCCUCGACUCCACCACCAACGACUCCGCCCUCAGAUCCUCCGCCGCCGCUAAUUCCCCGCCUUUGAAGGUCUACUGCGGCUUCGACCCUACUGCAGAGAGCCUCCACCUCGGCAACCUCCUCGGAAUCAUCGUCCUCUCCUGGUUCCGCCGCUGCGGCCACCAACCCGUUGCCCUCAUCGGCGGCGCCACUGCCCGCGUCGGCGACCCCUCCGGCAAGUCACUGGAGCGGCCAGAGCUCGACGUUGCCACACUAGAGAGGAACACGGCAGGUAUAUCCCAAACUAUCAAACAAAUUCUAGGUCGCUCUCUGAAUUCGAACUUGGAAGGUUCUAAGGUUGUGAUUUUGAAUAACUAUGACUGGUGGAAAGAGUUUAGUUUGUUAGAAUUUUUGAAGAAAGUUGGUAAGUAUGCUAGGGUUGGGUCUAUGAUAGCUAAGGAGAGUGUUAGGAAGAGAUUGGAAUCUGAACAAGGAAUGAGUUAUACUGAACUCACCUACCAGUUGUUGCAGGGAUAUGAUUUCUUGUACUUGUUUCAGAAUGAGGGUGUGAAUGUUCAGAUUGGGGGGAGUGAUCAGUGGGGGAAUAUAACUGCUGGGACUGAGUUGAUUCGGAAGAUCUUGCAGGUCGAGGGCGCUUAUGGACUUACAUUCCCUCUUUUGUUGAAGAGUGAUGGUACUAAGUUUGGAAAAUCGGAGGAUGGCGCGAUUUGGCUUUCACCUGCCAUGUUGUCACCUUACAAAUUUUAUCAGUAUUUUUUCACGGUUCCAGAUGCAGAUGUUAUUAGGUUUUUGAAGAUUCUCACGUUUUUGGAUAUUGAGGAGAUAGCUGCAUUGGAAGGGGAGAUGAAGAAACCGGGUUAUGUGCCUAAUACUGCUCAGCGCAGACUUGCUGAGGAAGUUACAAGGUUUGUUCACGGAGAUGAGGGUUUGACUGAGGCACUUAAGGCUACAGAAGCAUUGCGGCCUGGAUCUGAGACAAAGUUGGACUGGAAAACUAUCGAGGGAAUAGCUGAGGGUGUACCAUCUUGUUCUUUGGCUUAUGACAGUGUUUUGAACUUGUCAUUGGUAGAUCUUUCGGUCUCUUCUGGUUUGUUUGAGAGCAAAUCUGCCGCGCGCCGGUUGUUGAAGCAAGGGGGUCUUUACUUGAACAAUAACAGAGUGGAUAGUGAAAAUAAGAGGAUCGAGGAAGCAGAUAUAGUGGAUGGGAAAGUUCUCCUUUUAUCUGCUGGCAAAAAGAAUAAGGUGCUCGUCAGAAUAGCAUGACAGGGAAUUCUUAGAUAGCUGAAUAUUCUUUGAUGACUAUUUAUAAUUGCAGUUUUGUUGUCUUCUUAUGAUACAUUUGAUUUUUGCUGCUAAAGAAUAAGUAUCUUUAUCGGUUUUGGCGUGUGAUGGAUUUUCUAAUAUGGUUUUCUAGCACGCUGUUUUAAUUUUUCUUUUCUAUUAGUGGUAAAAUGUAAAAGCAAUGCAGAUGUGCAUUCAUUUUUUGGGGUAUCUAACAUUGCAAUUGUAAACUUUUGAGUAUAGUGCCUCUUGAUCUUAGAAUACAACAACAGCUGCCACGGUUAAGCAUUUCAGCCUUUUCUUGGCUAGAGAAUAUUGAAGUAAAUACAUUGAGUAGUUAUUUUUUAGUAUUUUCCUAUAGUAUUCAGCAUAAGUUAAUCAACUCAGAAGAUAUUUGCAGUUUUGAACGUUACUCCUCUGUUGGCAUAUUUCAAGUCUUGCCACAUAACUGGCAGUGUUUAUUGUAGUUAAAUAGUGGUUGAACAAAUUGGAGUUUUGUUCGCCUUCCAUUUGCUCGACCUAUUGAUGUGAAUUUAUAUGCCCAUGGAGAAUCAUUAUACUGAUGACUGAUCCUUUUAGAGAGAAAAAAAGAAAAUGUUCUCACCUAGCCCUGCCUAAAACCAACAACUUCUGGUUUCUAGGCUUGUUACCGAUAUAGAACCUGUUGUGGUUUGUUUGGGGAUCUGAGACGUCAUUGAAGAAAAAACUGGACGAGGAUAUUCUAAUGGUAUUGUCUCUGUUAAGGUAUGCUUUCUUUACCUAUCCUUGAAUAGCAUUACUAGUUCUAUCAGUAUCAUCCAUCCUCAUGUUGAAUGGUUGGUUUGUCAUUUGUUCUAAGGGCAUACAACUAGGUAUUUCUGACUUCUGCUAGUAACAAUUUUCAUUGAAUCUUGAAAAGGAAAACUCAACAAAAAUGCUUUGCUUUCAUUGGUUUAGAUGUCUCUGAUUUUUCCCCAUUGAGUAUAAGACCUCAGCUGACCCCACCUAGUGGGAUAAGGCUUUGUUGUUGUUGUUGUUGAGUAUAAGAACUCACUUUAAGAUAAAAAUAAAAAAAUAAAAAAUCCCUAGUAUCAUAUCAGAGUGGCCACUUUCUAGGGUAUCCCCUUUACCUUUUCUUUGUUGUCCAUUAAUUACAUUCAUCCAAUUGAAUCUAGAAAUAACCAUUAAACAUAUGCAUUCUGAAAUAUAGAGCUUAUUUUCCAUUUCGAUCUGCACUUAGGAAAUGGUGUUGAGGAGUAAUUCUUAAAAGUGAGCAAGGUAUGAACCAGAAACUUUUGCCUGGAUACUUUGUAUGCUAAUAUUUUAGUAGCAAAUCCCUUCCUUUAGUUUUGUACCUUGUUCAAUAAUUUUACAUGUGCUUUUCAUGAUUUUCUCUAUUUGGAGUCUAGUGAGAAGAAAAAUUAUUAUUUUGAUAAGGAUGGUCCUGGACUCCUGAUCACUCUCUAGCUGAAUUCCCUGUUCACGCUAAUUUUUCUCAUCAGAAAUUCACAAAGCACAUACUGGUUUUGGUGCCUGGUCCAAUAAGGAAACAGAUUUUUUAGCAAUGUUGUCACUAGCAGACCAUAUCAAUCCUAUUUUAGUACUUCUUUUAUUAUAAUUACAUUUAAUUAAUAGUACAUGAAUUGAUUUGGAAUGACCAAAAUACUAAAGAUUUGAUUUUCUUGUUUUGUAUUUUUGCAUCAAUUUUUGAUAAGAAAAACAAAAAAGGGCAUUUGCAAAUUAAUGUUGCUAGUAUGAACAUUUAUGUUGAAUGCCUGCGUCUUGGAGGGGGGAAAAAGUGAAAAGUAGUUGAGAGACUGAAGCAUAAGCUAUGCUGAAAUGAACAUUGAUUAGGAAGUUGGUUGUGAAGUUGGACAUUGUUAUCUCCUUUGUAAGUCUUGAUUGCCAAUGUUUGAAUGCAAUAAGAAACUAUGUUUUCAUUUGUAUUUAUUUCCUGUAUGUGUAUAUCAAUUUCAUCCUAUCAAUAUAAACUAGUCUCUGUUGAUACAGCUUUUACACAUGGAAUUCAUGCAUUCUUUAUCUACUUUCUUUCCACUCAACAGGCAUUUGGCUCUGAAAUAUUAUUGGUGCUUAGUAAAAUAUUUCUUUAUCUACUUUCAUUCCACUCAACAUGGCAUUUGGCCCUGAAAUAUUUUUAGUGCUUAAUAAAAUAUCGCAUUCUGUUUUGGAAUUUGACCUUGAAAAUAACUAAGAUCAAGGAUUGUAAAUUAUAAACAAACAACAACAAAGCCUUGUCCCAUUAGGCAGGUUCAGCAGUAGUAGCUGGAAAAUGUAGUGUAUAUUUCGGAACUUUACUGAAUAAUUCCUAAUCGUGGUGCUAAUUAUAUGUUGAAACUUCUGGGCUUAUAUUCUCCGGUACUGAUUAUUCAUCAUUUCUUUGCUUCAUCCAAUAUUUCCGGUAAUCCGCAUGUUAUUUCUGUUAUACUUCCCAAUGUUGUUUAAAUCAUUUGAAAGUUCUAAUUUUGCUACUUUAUUCAGUUGUAUGUAUUGGUGUUGUUUGAUUGGUUGUGUGUCCCUUUGAUGAUCCUGCUUGGUGUAUUGUAGUGUUUUCUUUUUCUUGAUUCUCAAAUGAAAAAUGAAAGCUUGACAAUUUUCCUUUCUCAAUUAGCUGUUAAGGUCUAGUUUGAUAUGAUAAACAUAGUUGAAUCUGUUUUUACUCUUUGUUGAGUUGAGUUCAGCUUAAUUAUGUUAUGCUUGGUUGCCAAUGAUUACGUAGCUGGUUUCAAGUCUGGAUAAUCAAGGAGGAUUUUAGAUGAGAUUGGAGGAGGAUAAGUUAUCAGAGAGAAAGUAGCAAUAGCACAUGUUGAAGAAAAAUAUGUUGUUCAGAUGGUUUUAUGUAUUUUCUUGGAGUAGAAACAAAAUGAUAAAUUUCCCUCCAGAAAAUGUUAAUUUUUUGUUGCACAUAUUUCAAAACUGAUGCAAGUGUUUUAUUUUUUGUUUCUUAAUACAGGUAUUAUGGACAUAUCUUUGUUAAAUAUGCUCUCCAAUGGCAUAUCCUCAUUUUUGCAUCCAUCAUUUUCUGGAAAUAUGAACUCAAAACCUGUAUCAAUGUAUUGCCAAAGUGCAGAGCAGACACUUAAGUUGUUGAAGCCAAUUAUCGACACAAGUGUUCAUUCUGAUAUAUCUGGUGAUGAAGAGCUUAGAAAGUUAUUUGAGGAACUUGGUCAGUCUGUUGAUGAGUUGAGGGAGCUUUUCGAGAAUUGGCAUCCACUAUCCAGUAAAUUUUACUUUAAGCUGAAGGCUUCACAGCAAUGUCUACCUGAUGUUUGGGGUAUGAUAUGACAUCAAUCAUUAAGGAAGCUAUAAAUGAACAACUGGAAGGCGAAGGACUAAGUUCUGAGAUUCUAGCAAAUAUUGCCGAGAUCCUCGACUUAAGGUCUAAUCAAGAUGGUCUAAUCAAGAUGUUUUGAUUGAAGCUGUGGCCCUUGAAAGGUUGAAGAAGAAUG